AUACUCCAUUCAAAAACAGUCAGCAGCGCCCUCUCUUGGUUGACAUGUCGUUUUGCAUGUGUGCGCUUCCUGGAAGUGUGUAGGGUGGGGACAAGGCGGAAGCAUCGUUCUGCGGUGCUAAAAAUUCUUCAGCAGUGUGACAUUUGUCAGUCAACAUGCCGGCUUAUCACUCAAACCUGAUGUUUCCUGACACCAGGCUGGUGGGUAACAUGGCUCUGCUCCCCCUGAAAACCCAGUUCAAAGGACCAGCCAGAGGGGACGGCAUAGACACAGAUAUCAUUGAUGAGGCAAUCUACUUCUUCAAAGCCAACGUUUUCUUUAAGAACUAUGAAAUCAAGAAUGAGGCAGACCGGACGCUGAUCUAUGUCACCCUGUACAUUUCAGAAUGCUUAAAGAAGCUACAAAAGUGCAACUCCAGGAGCCAGGGAGAGAAGGAGAUGUACACUCUUGGAAUCACUAAUUUUCCAAUUCCUGGAGAACCCGGCUUUCCUCUAAAUGCGAUGUACGUCAAACCAGCAAACAAGCAGGAGGAAGACACGAUGCGGGCGUACCUCCAGCAGAUCCGCCAGGAGACUGGCUUGAGGUUAUGUGAGCGCGUGUUCGACCCCCAGACAGACAAACCCAGCAAGUGGUGGGUGUGUUUUGCCAAGAAGCAGUUCAUGAACAAAAGUCUGUCAGCUCCUGGACAGUGAACAUCUCUGCUCCCUCAGGUUCUCUUCCUGCAAUAUGGUUGGACUGUUUUGUGCCGCUAAGAUGAUUUUAUACUCUUCAGUCAAGGACAGUCUGGUUAUUAUUCACAUUGAGCUGGUACUUAAUUCAAUAAAGUGAAUCAUGGUGGUUGGAA